AAUCCUGAGGAAACUUUCAGCUUCCCAGCCUUCUCCCCUGCCUGGCCAAAAGGCCCCAGCCUGACUAGAUAUGCUGUUCCAUUAGCAAAGCCCACACUGGUAUCUCCGUUCUGCUCAUGGACCCUGAAGGCAUUGGUGGUCUGAAAUGAUAAUCUCCUGCGAACUACGAACACGCGAGCGGACAAAAGUCAAGAUCCAUGGCCACGACCAGUAAGAUAGAAUUGGAGGACGCCUUGGCCCUGGGGCCCAGCUGGCGGCAUCUUUGUUACGUGAUGCUGUAUGCGCCCAAUCCAGGGGUGCUCUUCGGUGGCCGCAUCUUGCUGAGCUAUGCUGUGCUGAUGACCAUGCGCUUUGAUGGGCGACUGGGCUUCCCUGGUGGUUUUGUGGAUGAUCGCAGCCCCAGCCUAGAGGAAGGGCUGAAUAAGGAACUGUUGAGGAAGCUGGGCCAGGGAGUGUCCACUUUCAGCAUGCUAUCCACUGACUACCGAAGCUCCCUUGCCGAGUCCAAAUCGAAAGUGGUGGCCCAUUUCUAUGCCAAGUGCCUAACACUAGAGCAGCUCCAGGCCGUGGAAGCUGGGGCACCACUAGCCGAGGACCAUGGGCUAGAGGUCUUGGGCCUGGUACGGGUGCCCCUGUAUACCUUGCAGGAUGGUGUGGGAGGCCUCCCUACGUUCCUGGAGAACUCCUUCAUUGGUGUCACCAGGGAGCAGCUACUGGAAGCCCUCCAGGACUUGGGAAUUCUGGCUCAUGAAACUGCCUCAGACCUCAAGGAACGAAUUGUUCAAAUUAAGCAGACUCUAAGGUUGAUUGGGACCUGAGUCGAGAGAACUUGGUAGUGGGGGAGCCUGGGGAGAAGGGAAAUGCUUCCUGGGCCUUGGAGAUGACAGCUGAUACCAGAUUAAAAGGCAGAACUGCAAUGCAGUAC